AUGGUAAACAAGACGCCAUCCUCAUCUACAAUAGACAUAAAAGCGGCCACUAACACUCUAAUCCUCGUCAUCUGUGUGUCAAUUGGAUUGUGCUGUCUGAUUAGUUUCGUUGCAAUUCUUAUCACAGUUCUCAUUACUCGAAAAAAGAAACCUCAACCAGUUGCUAAGAAUAGUUCACCAGGCUCUAUCAUGGUUAGAAGUCCAGUGGAAGCUCGUAACUCAGUUGAAAAAAUGAAUAAUGGAAUAAGUUCAGGAGCACCAAAAGGAGAAGAGGAGGGGAUUGGUGCAUGA